AUUAAAACAUACGACUUAUCUUUUACCGUGCGUCGCUCGUCGUCGGUUGGUUGCUCGAACACAUAACAUUUCAUAUACCUAACUAUAAUAAUUUUUAUAAAACUUUUGGAUUUCAUCUUUAUAAAUUUCAGUCUUUGUCCAACCAUCCAUCGAAGAGAUUGUGAGAAGAUAUAAUAUCUACUACGCUACGACAUUGCACCUCUCCACCCCUGCACCAUCACAAAAUAAUAAUAUAAAAAUAAAAUUAUUAUUACAAAAAGAAAAAAAAACGUUGCAUCUCAUUCUUAUACCUAAAUUAAAAAAGUUCUUUAGAAAUGAAUUGAGAACAGAGGUUGAAUUUAUACGCACUUCACUAUUACUACCUACUUUAAGGAUAAAUUAAUUAAACAAGAGAGUGAAUAUAAGAAAAAGUAAAAACAUAAUAAAAUUCCAACUUAUAAUCAGCUGCAAGGUUUUCAAAUUUAUCUCGAUAUAAAUAAAAAUAAAAAGAAAACAUACAAAAAACAUAACUUAAUCCUUUUAUCAAUAUCAAAUACCAUUAUCACUGUGACUUCGAUGAUCUUAUUACCUGGGUUUUCGUGCGAAAUGUUGCAAUACACUUCUACUUAACGUUUUUUUGAAAUCAUAAAAGAAAAAAAGAAGGAGAUCGUUGAAAAUCUUCCAGAAGUUAUAUGUAUAGUUAAAGAGCCACCAUAUUUAAAGUGAAUUUAAUUUAAUAUUUUGUAUAUUAAUCUAUUUUUGUCUUCAAAACAACAUUUUUUAAAAAUCUUAUUCUUAGCUUGCGUUUAUAAUUUUGAAUUUGUGAUACAAAGAAAUAAAAAGAUGAACUAAAGAAAAAAAAUAGAAUCCAAAUCCAUUAGAUUUAGAUUCAGAUCCAGCAUCAUCAUCAACAUCAAGCUUAGUAGCACGAACAGCAACAUUAUACGUUACUGCUUCUGCUUCUGCUUCUACUGCUGCAUCAACAACAACUUCUAGAUCUCGAGAAAGGGGUUCACUUAGUGAAUGAAACUUUUUAUUGAUAAAUUGGAUUUAAUAAGAAAAACGGACGUUUAAUUUCAAGUGGUGCGGUCUUAGAAAACAUACAUAGAAUAAUAUAAAAUAAAAUACCGUCACCGUGCCAAAGUGGUUGUGAUAUUUUACCUACGACUUUUUGUUCGUUGUUUUUUUUUGUCUUCUAAGAUAUGUUUUAAACUCCUUUGCCUUAUUUUUUCUAUCAAUGCAUAUUGUGUGAUCAUCAAAGAGAGGCAUCAAAAACAAUCGUUUAUAUUUUUGAAAGAAAGCGAAUUGCAAAUUUGAUUAUCUACAAACAGGAGAGGCCUAUCUAUAUCAAUCAGUGGUGCCGCCCGCUACCGUGCGUCGUCGUAGUCGUCGUUCUAUACCCAUUUUUGAUUGAUAAAACCUUCGAUAGUAAUAUUAUUUUUGUGUGAGAAAAAAAAGAAGUAUAAAUUCAAAAUGGGCGAAGAAACUGCAACAGAAACAAAGGACGAGAAGCCGGAACUGUCGAGUUUUGGAAGAAUGUGCCAAAGAAAAGGAAUCAAUCCGAAUUUGAUAAUGUUGAAAAUAACGUUGUUUGUUAUGUAUGGAGCUACAUCAUCACUUUUGCCUUACCUAACAAUUCACAUGCAAUCAAUUGGAUUGACAGUUGAAGAGAUUGCUAUUAUCUAUUUGGCUCUACCCUUUACAACUUUUCUUAGCCCACCGAUUACAGGAUUUUUGGUCGAUAAAUUUGGCAAAUACAAGCCAGUCGUUGUAAUGAGUUUGCUAUUGAAUGCCUUGUUCCAUCAUUCGCUGUUGUGCAUACCACAGCAGGAAAUUCCAGGUGUUAUUCCAUCGGCUUAUGUUAUGCGGCAUCCAGAAGCAGCCACAGUCGAGAUUUGGUGGUCACCAUGUCCAAGUCGAGAGUGUCCUGAGGAAGAAGAAAUGGAUUUGGUACUCGACCAAUGUUUGGACUAUUGCUUGCUGCUUGAACAAAAUCCAAAAAUCGAAAUCGUUCCUCCUCCAACUAAUGCACCAAUAUUUCAACCGUCAGAUGAUGUAAAUCCAAACGAUCCGGAAAAGUUAAGAUUCCAUGUAAGCAAUAAGGUGCACAAUAAAUCUCAUGAGCCUCCCAUAAUACAACAACCCUCAUCGACAACGCCGCAGGCGUUAUAUUUGAAUCAAAGCACAACAGUUAUAGAAGACCAAACAACUGAAUCUGGUUGGGUAUUGUCCAGCAGUGAUGACUCGGCAUUCUUCUUCUUAGACAUGCAUCCCGAUUUAGCCGAUCCCAUUGAACAGCUUGGCAUGGAAAUCGAACCUGAUGAUAACGAGACUGUGACAGAUUUUAAACAACGUUUUGGAGAGAAACUCCUGUGGCGACAAGGAGUGAAUGUAACUGAUUUGGAAGAGCUGGAUUUACGAUGUGGUGGAAUAGUUAAACGUAGUAAUAUGACUGGAAGUCAUAAACUUAAUGAAUUGACAGUUGAUUGUAUGGUUCAAAGAUGUCGAUUCAGGGAAAAUGGACCGGAAAUUUGUCCACCAGACUAUAAGGAGAGUGAUGAUAGAGUUUUCUGGCUUUACUUUUUGUUGAGAUUCUUGGCCACAACAAUGUUGUCUGCUGGUGUAACAAUAAUGGAUCCAAUUGCCUUGACCAUGAUUGAGAAAUAUGGAGGUGAUUUUGGCAGAGAACGUCUAUUUUCAAGCAUUGGAAUGGCCAUCUUUUCACCUAUAACUGGCAUCAUGAUUGAUUAUACUUCACGUGGACUAGGCUAUACAGACUAUUCGGCAGCCUUUUAUACAUAUGACAUACUCCUAGUCAUCUCGACAAUAUCGGUCUUAAUGAUGCCACUCGGAGAGAAGCUACCAGCUGACAAUGUGUUCCGGGAUUUAUGGAAUCUGUUGAAAAUGCCACAUGUAAUCGCUUUCAUUUUGUUCCUCUUUGUUUUGGGUAACUUCUGGGGUUUCAUUGAGAGUUUCUUGUUUUUGUACCUGAAGGAAUUGGGUGCACCAAAUUAUUUACUGGGAAUCACAAUCACUGUUGGUACGGUUAGCAGUAUACCAUUCCUGUAUGGAGCUGAAAAGAUAACAAGAAUUUUCGGACAUGUAAAUUUGAUCAUUAUUGCAUUCUUCUCGCAUGCCGGACGCUUGGUUGGAUAUUCAUUUAUAGAGAAUGCCUGGUGGUGUUUUCCUUUUGAAGCUAUGGAAGCUCUAUCAUGCCAUUUGAUGUGGGUUGCAGCUGCAACAUAUUGCUCAAUAUUGGCUCCUAAAAAUCUAUUGGCUACUUUAAUUGGUGUUUUGGGAAUGGCACAUUUCAGUUUAGGACGUGGUAGUGGUUCAUUUACUGGUGGUCUGCUCAUAGGGCAAUUUGGUACUCGAGAUGCAUUCCGUUACAUGGGUCUAUUGGCUGUUGUCGGUGGUAUAGCCUAUGGUCUACUCCAUCUUGUUUGGCUACGCAAAUUUGACCAUCAAAUCGACGAUAAUGAUGACAACGAAGCAAUUGAAAAUGGCGAAACUGAAAAACUAACCGAACCAGCAACCAAGGAACAAGGCACAUCCAUGUCACUUGAACGUUUGAGUCUCAUGAUAAAAUACAACCAAAUUGGAAGUUUGACCUCUCUACCCAGAGGAUCGAGGGUCGACAUACAGGACCACCUGCCUCACAGACGUAGCAGUUAUAAUGUUGAACAAAUUCGAGUACCACGUCAUGGAUCGAAAGUCGAUAUCCUUAGGUCAGCACUCGAAAUCAAUCACAAGACAUCAAAUAAUUCAGUCGGAGGCAGAGUUGAUAAAACAUCCAAUCAAUCAUUGGGUCGUAACCGAGCUGACAGUGCUCCGAAAUUAAGUCAUGGAAAUAUGAAAAAUAUCUCACAACCAGCUCUGGAAGGUGUCGUUUUAGAGGGCGUGGAGUCAACGUUUUUCCCAACUCGAAUGAAAAAAUAUUCCAGCGGUUUACUAAACACAGUGGAUCCUUCCGUAAUCCCUAGCGCUAUGCUAAUGGCUGAAGAACUUCGAAAAGUAAUUCCAGAAGAAACCGAACAAGCAAAUGCUGAAGCAAAAGCUAAACUAGAGGCAUUAGCAUUAUCAGCCGACGAUGCUGGUGGUGAUGUAUCUGCUCAAACAAAUGGAAAAAGUAUAGAAGAUUCUACAACAAAUCAAACGAAUAAUAAUGCCACAUGAUACACGUAACACAUAAAAUAUGUACAGUAUUUUCAAAUUCUUUCGCUCUGAACCUGGAGAAAAAAUGUUUGAUAUGUUACAUAACUUUUUAUUUUUAUUUUUUUUGCUGUACCGUAUUAUUAUAGAUUGUUAGUAAAUUACUCUUUUAUGUGUUUCUAUUUUAUUUUAUGAAAAUAUUAAAAAAAGAGGAAAUAAACGUUUUUAUUUAAAAAUAAACAAUAAAA